AUGGCAGAAGCAGUCCGCGAGGGUCUAGCGACCUCGCACGCCCAGCUUUCGCGGAGCCCCUCCUCGACCUUGUUGCCAGCCAUCCAGGCGGCGGCUGUCGAACUGCCCUCUAAGCAGUCGCUAACCCGCCACACUGUCAUUCGUUCGCACCAUGCAAAAGAGGAGAAGAAGCGACCCCGGCCGAGCCAUGCUCUGUUCCUCUCUGAAGCUCCUUCCGCAGUGGUAAAUCCAUGCAAGAGGCGUGCGCGCCACCUGAAUCGAGAUAAUGGAGCUCGCCACCAGGUUCUGGUGGAGAGAGGAGAUGGAACAGUCAAACGACGAAACAUGCUGGUCAAUUCCACUGGCGCAUGUCCCAAGGUGGGCAACGUCAUUGAUUUUGUGCGCUAUCAAAAGCUUUGGGAGGGACCGGCCCUUACAGAACCGGGGGCAAGCGCUACCCGUACCCCUCGUUUCGCCUCUCUCAUGUCUGAGUGGCUGCCGCAUGACGGCAGGCUUACACGGGCCGGCGAACUGUCUGAUCGCAGCACGCGGAGCACAUGUGGAACAAGCAGAGUCCCUUCCCUCGAAGCUGCAGAAGAGACGCUCCGAAUGACUGACUGCCCAACAACAUUGACACCCGGAGGCUAUUCUGUGGGAGAUGCACAACUCAGCUCCGGCUUCUCCAAAACACCGGCUGAAGGGGCGGUUCACGCAACUUUCGAGACAAAGUCGGUCAAGGGAGGCAAGGAAGAUAGAGCUCUCCAUGAAGGUGGCCCUUUUAUAUCACUCGAAAGUCGCCCUAAAGCUACUGGCUCUUCGUUUGUCAAUGGCACGCGAGCGGACGACCGAUCGGCAGAACGCGCGUAUACAGCGUUAGUAGGCCUUGGCUUAAAGGAUGUGAAGCCAGAUACAGACGAGCGGCCAGCAGUCAGCGCAGUUAAGGGAGCCCCGACCCUCGACAAAUGCGGGUGUUAUGACUACAAUGAGGCGAAAUUGCUGGAGCUUAAUACACAUUGUUCCCAUGGUAACAACCAGCCUAACUGCGCUAAGACAGCUUCAGAUGAAAAAGGAAUAAGCGGGGCUGGAGCUCGCACUGAGCCCCUCAUGGACACCGCCGAGAACAAGAUUCUGCAGGCCAAUUUCGGGCAGUCCACGAGGGGAACUCUGGCGGAAACAUGCACUUCGGAGACAUGUAGCAAACUUCGGCACAAGGAUUCGGCAGCAGUUAGUGCCGAUGACGGUGAACAAGAAGAAGUCAACUUAGGGAGGUGGGCCUGGUCGACUGGUGUCCAAGCGGACACUGCAGCAGUGUGGAAGUGCUUGCAGGAGCAACUGGCGCGCCGCACGUCGGACUCCCACACAGAAAGUGAAGGCAGCAACAAGGACAGGCAGAUAUCAUCCUCUUCUGUGUCGUCUCAACAUGUUGGCAUCGUUGUGAGAGACUGUGGAGGCGGCUCGACUGUGGAGGCUGAAGGUGUACUGCAGAUGGCGUAUUCGACUUUAGCCGACCAGGCAGAGCAAAGAGACUUCCCCGUAUCCGAGCCACCUCUCCCUCCUUCAGCGUUGGAUGCAAAGAUUCCGACGAUUGGAGAACACGGCGGCAGUGAGCAGGCUAGCUCCAUUGCGCCUGUGGGCGACGAUGGGCCCUGGCACGCCGCCGGUGCUGCGUACGGAAGGGGGUGUGGGGGAGCAACUCCAAACAAUGUUCCCUUCUACAGCGUAUUUGAAGGUUCGACUAACAAAAGCGGCGUACUCCGAGGUCAUCGCUCGUACCCAGUCGUCCGCGGAGUCUCCCGUGACAACACAAAACGGAGGUGGGCCGUCUACUGGAAGGGCAAUAGGAAAUACUUUUAUGACAAAUUCUACGAGGAUUGCUACCAAGCCUAUCUGCAUGCCGUGAACUUCCGCAAGCAUGCGAAAGCAUAUGGCCCGCUAACAAGCUCGGUCGCUGCGACAACCGCAGGCAGUGGCCCUGGAUCGCCUCCUGCCUUCUUGCUGAGCUCCUCUCGGGUAUUUGGUCCGACCCCAGAUUCUGCGGGCCAACCGUUUGUCGUUGCAUCCUGCUCCUCAGCUGUGCCUCCCUCGACCAAUGCAGGUCAAGGGUCCGAUUUCCUGUCGGCAGCUGCCGAGCCUCGGCUAACCCGGCAGGAGGGAGUUUCAUCAUCCUCGUCAGGAGCGCUGCUUCAAGCCAGCUCUAUUGACGAGGCCCUAGCUGACCUCAAUCGGAAUGUUGCCGUCUCACGGGGUCCCGAGCAUGCAGACUCUACCUCCUGCGACGAACCAAUGUCUGCAAGGGGACAUGGGGGCAAUGGAACCGGAAAAGCAUCGGGGCAGACGUUGGAACUAUAUAAACACGCGGUUAGAUUGAUGCUGCAGGAUUUGUCGUCCAUUGUGGUUCCGUCAUUCUUUAGUGCAACAAGCAGUUAUCAGCCGGAAGAUGAAGGAGGAGUGCCACGAAAAAGCGGCGCCUCCGUUUCCGAGGGGCUUCACUCCGCGACUUCCGUAACUCUCCUGCAGCAAGUUGUGCAGUGGCACCUUCAACACGUGCAGAAGGCUACGCAGCAACAUCAGGUGUUCCAGUUCCUCUCCAUCCUCUCUCCCUGUUUAGAAAGCACCCGGUUGCCGAGUCAGAGCCCUCCCAACCUCCAACAGCGUUUACUACUGGAGUUGUUGGAUCUUCAUGUGCAGCAGCUGAUUACGCUAUCCAAGGACAUAUACACCCAUUUUCAGAAGCAGCAGCAGGAAUUAUUCUUACUACUGCAUCGGGUCGUGUCUCAGAAGUAG